UGUGUACACGAGCAAUGCAUUGAAUCACGAAAAGUGUAAGUAGAAGUGUGGAGUAAAGUGUUCACUGUUGUACGUGGACACGUAGGUAUGGUAAGGAGCCUGUUAACGUUAUGCGUGGACCGUACUGGAACGUCAGCGGUCCCCGCAGCAGCCAUCGUUGACAAUAUACCCCCUCAUGGCGUUGCGGACAAGGUCGAUGGCCAUCCAGCUAAGCCCCAUGCCCACUACCCUCAUCCACCGACGUCUAUGUGCACCAAACGCGGCUCACUUCAUUGACGAAGCGCAACUAGCUGGUCAGAUGCAUACGUCCGCGAUGCAAGCAGCUCCAUUGCGGCACGUCAGCGGAGCGGCGAUUCGUACAAGCGCAUGAAGACGCUCUCCGUGCUGACGCUGGCUUUCC